UUAUACUACAUGCUGCAAUACGCUGAAAGGAGCGUUUCGUUAUUAUUGUGCCAACAAUAAGCGACAGUAUUCAGCAGUACUGGCUGCUACUUUUAGAUGGCAGUAGACACGGGGUCUGGCGACAGUUCUACCGAAGAAGUCUUUUCUGGGUUUACUUGUAGUUGAAUUUCUCUGAAAAGUGGUGUUUGUUUGACGGAAAUGAGUGAAAAUGAAAACAGAAGCACGAAUACGACAGAGGAAUUCAUAGGAUUACUAGGUUUUACGGCCAGUGGCACCGACCAGCUCGAUUUCUCUCCAGGAGACAGGGUAGUGGUCCAUGCCAAGGUUACCUCAGACUGGUGGUGGGCAGAGUUGGGAGGGUGUUUUGGGUAUGUCCCCUCGGGCUACCUACACCCCGCUCCCACAGAGGGUAACGAUGCCUGGCAAGAUGAGGAAUAUUUUGGCAGUUAUGGAUCAUUGAGGUUUCACCUAGAGAUGCUUUCAGAUAGACCGCGCACGGAGACUUACAAACAGGUGAUCGUGAGCAACAGCGCCGUCUUGAGGGAAAAAGUGAUUCUGGAUUUGGGCUGUGGCACCGGCAUCAUCAGCCUCUUCUGUGGCAGUUUAGUGCAAACAGGUGUAUGCCAUAGAGGCCAGCUCUGUGGCCGACUGGUGAAACUAAAUGGCUGUGAGGGAGUCGUCACCGUCUGGUCCAGAGCGGAAGAGUUGGUCUUACCCUCCAAAGUGGAUGUGCUGGUCUCAGGGUGGAUGGGCAACUGCCUUCUGUUUGAGUUCACGGUGGAGUCGGUGCCGUGCGCACGGGACUGCUGGCUGGAGGAAGGGGGCCUGACGUGGCCAUCUUCGGCCUCCCUCGGGUUGGUGCCCUGCCAGGCCCACGCCAACUGCAUGCAGAAAGUGGAAUUCUGGGAGAAUCUGUAUGGGCUGGACUUCAGCUGCCUAUGGCCAGUGGCGUUGAAGGAGUUUUUCUCCAAGCCAAAGUUUAGCCAUAGGCUUGCACCUGAAGACUGUCUCUCUGUCAUCACUCUUGACAUGCACAUGGUACAGGUGUCGGAUUUGGAGAAGCUGAGGGGAGAGUUCUGCUUCCCUGUUGAAAGUCCGGGAACGCCGCAUGCCUUCAGUGCCUGGUUCGUCGCGAAGUUCAACAAUGAGGGAGGACUAGCUCUGAAGCUCAGUACAGGACCUUGCGCCAAGCCAACUCACUGGAAACAGACUCUCAUGUUGGACACACCAAUCACAGUAGAGGAAGGGGACUGCAUAGGCGGGUCCAUCUCCCUGAACAGAAAUCCUGUAUGGAGGCGGCACAUCAGUCACCGUACAGUGGCGUAUAAAAAGGACAAAAGACGAUGUAUUCUCUGAGGAGCUUCAUCCACUCACAGCUUUGAACAGCACAGCUAACAGUGAGGAAUGAACUCAGCUCAUAGCAGGUAUCCCAGCAGGCUGAGCCAUUACAUGGAGUGGAAGGAAGC